GAAGUGAAGUUAAAUAAACACUGAACACGGGUGAGUAGAAGCAGUAUUAUUUUUUUGCGCAUUUUGCUCCAAGUUCUAUUAUGAUUUACUUAGAGUAAAUGUGCUUUUGUAACUAGAAUAAUGUCUUAUUUUACGUGUUACGUCGAGACGCAGUGUGCAGCUCGUUUGCAUUAGCCUGUGUUCAGAAAUAAUUAAAAGGGCUAUAAAGUAACUAAAUCGCCUUUUUCGUCUAGGAAUUACAAAAUGGAGUGGGAGACUCUUCCGUUCUUUAUAUCGGACCUUGAAGGUUUCCAUGGGACUAUUAAAACGUCACACAAAGACUUUGUGGUUACGGAGAUAGACACUUAUGGACAACUUGUUACAAAUCCUAAUAUUCAAGGAACGCAGACAAAAACAGUAUAUCAAGGAACGAUUAAAGAUGUUAAAUCAAAACAAACUAAACCAGAUGAAAUCGACAUUUCUAAUCCGGAUUGCUUUAAUUUAAAUGUUAUCCUCAAUCCAUCUGUGUACAAAGAGUUAGAACACUUUACUAAUAAAAUAAGAACGAAAACCAGCCCAUGUAAAGGCGAACAGGAAAUCGUGGAGUUGUCAUUGGGCACUUUUGCUGAUAAGAACCUCAGAGCUGUCGUUCACAGAGCAGUACGACAAACCUUCCCUUUCCUUCAGACUGUGACCAACCAAUCAGAGAUUCGUGUAAGAGAGGACCAGGAUUUUAAGGAGCUCUCAAAGUCGUCCUCUGAAGGAGAAGCUGAGGAGUUCUUCAGGUUCAUCGAUGCCAAAGUACCUGGUUCUGCAUUCACCUUUUUGCCUGAUGAUAGCAAGGAGCACCGGACUUCAGUUCACCAUUUUGUCAGCUUGCGUUUUGGGAAACUUGUUGAAACCAAGAGCUUUACAGACCAGAAUAAAACCUCCAUUACUGUGAGGCUGAGGGAUAAGAGCAAGCAACCCAAGAAGAGAGGGAUAGCAGACUGUCAAGAAGAAGUGGUGACAUUAUACACAGCUUUCACACUGCAAAAAGAGAACCUGGAGACCUUGGAGGCCAUCAGCUACAUGUCUUUGGUGCUCGGAGUGAUUCCGUCCGAUUUUACCUAUGCAGGAAUCAAAGACAAGAAAGCAGUCACUUACCAGUCCAUGGUGGUGAAAAAGAUCUCUCCUGAACAGUUGUUGGAGAAGGCUGCAGAGUUUGAGAGAAGGGGAAUGAAGAUCUCACGUAUCCACCCCGUCUGUGAACCCCUCAAGCUUGGUAGACUGCAGGGAAAUCACUUUGAACUUGUUAUAAGAGACCUGAAACCUCACGGGAAACAUGAACUUGCAAUGUUAGAAGAGCUUAUACGAGAAGCAGUGGAACAUGUAAAGAACAGCGGUUUCGUGAAUUACUACGGACCCCAGCGAUUUGGCAGCAGAACAUGUGUCCAAGCAGACCAAAUAGGGCUCGCACUUCUGAAGGAAGAAAUGGAAACUUCUGUUAAGCUGUUUUUCACCCCAGAGGAUAGUGACAACCUCCAAAACAAGGCAAAGCAGCAUUUUCUACUGACAGGGAAUGCCAAGGAGAGCUUAGCACUGAUGCCAGCUUACAAAGCCAGAGAGCGACUCAUGCUCCGCGCACUCCAUCGGUACGGGAGCGGACGUGAAGGAUGCAUACGCGGCUGGCUCAGUUUGCCCCAUGCCAUGAGGCUCUUUUACUUGCACUCUUACUGCAGCAGAGUCUGGAACGAAGCAGCCGCGUACCGGCUACAAAAACUGGGCUUCAAGGCUGUCCAGGGAGAUCUGGUGUGGUCUGGAUCUGAAAGAGGAUGCAAGAACACGACAGAAGAUGAACUGAAUGCUCGACAGAACACAAAAUAAUAUUUGGAUGAAAGUUGGUAACCAAACAGCACUGGCUCCCAUUCACUUCUACUGUAUGGACCCAAAACCAAUGCAAGUCAAGGGGGGCCAGUAAACAGCAUUCUUCAAAAUAUCUUUUGUGUUCUGCGGAAGAAAGUCAUACAAUUUGAGGGUGAGGAAAUGACAGAAUUUUUAUUUCCGGGUGAACGAUCACUUUAAGUGCAAAUUUACUAGAUGUAUGCACAUGGCUACAAGGUUUAAUUCAUUGUCAGAGUCAUAUUGAGAAAAAGCUCAAUUUAAAACUUACAUUUAACCUAAACCAGCAAUGAAUGUCUUAGCAAACACUUACCUAGUUCAAAAAUGGCAACAUCUGUUAAUAAGAAAAUCACAGAUACUACCUACAAUUUAAAAAAUAGCAUUUGUCAGUGAUACCUGUGUUUGUUCCACCAUAAUAAGGUAAUAUGAUUAAGCACAGGUAAUAUAGUCACAUAAAAUGUGUAAUAUUAAGUUAAUUUGGAGGAAAAUACUUAUCUUUUCACCAUUUUGAAGCACACCAGCAGCCAUCCCACAUGAACCAUGUUACACAGCAGCCACCUGAGCAAGGCUAUUUAAAUGCUGGAGGUACAGGUAGCAUGCAAGCUCAUUGGCUGACAAAUUACACAAAUAACCUAUCAUAUUGCACCAUGAUAGAUGAUUGGCUGACAGAAUGCAAGUAGAUAUACCCUUUCAGGUUACUCUGUGUAGGUUUAAAGUGAUUGGCUGAGAGAUUAUGUAUUAAGAGCUUUUAGUGCUGUGCUUUCAUGUCUGAACUUCAAUCAUAUUUUAUAUAAUAGAAACGAUAUGUUUUUUAUGUCAGUCAGUAUAUCAUAAAUUCUAAAUUCAUAUGUGUGUGUGAUGUCACAGUCAGUAAAUGCACAAGUGUUAUAAUUUAUUUCUCUGUUCUGGAGGUUCAAGUGGUGACUGCUGAAGAGGAGAUGGAUGAUGUUUUCCCAUUAGAACAAGUAAUGUCCAGAUGAUUUUCCUGUAAUAAUAUCUGCUACAUAAUCUGCUCAAUAAUAUGUUAUGUUUUGUCUGCUGGCUGUUUAUAGGUGAUUCUGACAAUGCCGGGAAAUAAUGUCAAGUACCCAGAAAACCUGCUGGGGAAAUGGUAUGAGGACAGAUUGGCCCAGGAUGGCUUGGGGUCAUGCCGUUUCAGAGUGACUC